GAAAGAUAAAGGAAAGGAGAGGAGAAGCAGGAGGAGGAAGAGGUUCUGGAUGGGUAUAAAUAUUGGAUCCCUGGCCUUUCACCACCAGUGGAACUCGACAGCUCCUACGACAAACAUCACCAUGAAGCUCGCCGUCAUUGCCUGCCUGGCCUGCGUGUCUCUGGCCGCCCCACAACAGCUGCUCCCGAAUCCCGUGGCCAUCACGAGGGACGAACGAACCGAUAACGGCGACGGGACUUUCAGCUACGUCUUCGAGGCCGACAACGGCAUCGCCGCCCAGGCCUCCGGCGUGCAGGGCUUCCAGGGGCAGUCCAACAUCGAGGGAUCCUACAGGUUCCCACUCGACGACGGCAGCGGCUUCGUCGAGGUGAGGUACGUGGCUGACGAAAAUGGCUUCCGUGCCGAGUCCCCCUUCCUGCCCACCCCCCACCCAACUCCCGCCCACGUCAUCGAACUCCUGAGGAUCGCCGAGGAACAGAGAGCUGCUGGAAUCACCUUCGAGUAACAAUCUUACCUCUUGAGGCUGUGAUGGACUUUAGUCUUUGGAAGCAUAAAGUAUUCCAAGUCAGUGGCCCCUUUUGUGGGCUUGUUUCAUAUGAAUAGGGAUCAUCAUCUGAAUAAUAAUAAUAAUAAUAAAAUAAUAAUAAUAAUAAUAAUAAUAAUAAUAAUAAUAAUAAUAAUAAUAAUAAUAAUAAUAAUAAUAAUAAUAAUAAUAAUAAUAAUAAUAAUAAUUGUAUUUAAAUUGAGAUUCAGGUCCCCUGGCUCUUUGAAACUAAAGACAUUGCCAAGGAAAAUCUUUUAAUAGAGAUGAAAUGAUUUUGCGAAGGUGACCUGAAAUCAGGGGAUGUCUUACCAACUUCACUGAGUUUUCUACGAUUUAUGAUUGAUCUUUGUUAAAGUUGUUAUCCAAAAUGGGGAUUUUGUGUUGAACUGUGUCGCGUGUAAUAUAUCCGAUGUUUACGUUGUUGUCUGUCUACGAAGGAAGUUUUCCUGGUAAUAUGCAAUAACCAUUUGAUUUCAAAGCUUGAAAUUAACUUAUUUGACUUGUAGUCUUCCACAGUUGCAAAAUAUUUACGAGUUAUGUAAACGAAAAUAUAUCUGAGUAUUUAUAUUCAUGAAUUCAAUAAAAUUGAACAUUAUUUA